AUGGCAUAUAAAAGUCAACAUGGUGUAGAUGAUAUGGUUAUGUUGUCUAAAAUUGCUAAUGAUACAAUUUUAGACAAUUUAAAGAAAAGAUAUGGUGGCGAUGUUAUUUAUACAUAUAUUGGAAAUGUAUUAAUUUCAGUUAAUCCAUUCAAACAAAUUAAAAAUUUAUAUUCAGAAAGAAAUUUAUUAGAAUAUAGAGGUAAGUUUAGAUAUGAAUUACCACCACACGUUUAUGCAGUAGCUGAUGAUAUGUAUAGAAAUAUGUAUGCGGAAGGUCAAUCACAGUGUGUUAUUAUUUCUGGUGAAUCUGGUGCCGGUAAAACUGAAGCAGCCAAAUUAAUUAUGCAAUAUAUCGCAGCUGUAUCUGGUAAAGGUACUGAUGUAACAAGGGUCAAGGAUGUAAUUUUAGAAUCAAAUCCAUUAUUAGAAGCCUUUGGUAAUGCUAAAACUUUACGUAAUAAUAAUAGUUCACGUUUUGGUAAAUAUAUGGAGGUCCAAUUCGAUGGCAAAGGUGAUCCAGAAGGUGGUAGAGUUACUAAUUAUCUCUUAGAAAAAUCUCGUGUUGUAUAUCAAACAAAAGGAGAAAGAAAUUUUCAUAUUUUUUAUCAAUUAUUAGCUGGUGCAAAUCAACAAUUAAAAUCUGAAUUAAGAUUAGAAAGUCCAGAUAAAUUUAAUUAUUUAAGUGCUAGUGGUUGUUAUAGUGUAGAUGGUGUUGAUGAUUCACAAGAAUUUCAAGAUGUAUUAAAGGCCAUGAAAGUUAUUGGUGUAACAGAUGCCGAGCAAAAAGAAGUUUUCAGAUUAGUUGCAGCAAUUCUUUAUUUGGGUAAUAUUGGAUUUAAGAAUAAUGCUAAAGAUGAAGCUCAAAUCGAUCAAUCAUGCAAAAAAGCAUUAGAAAGCUUUGCAUAUUUAAUGCAAACCGAUGUUUCAUCAUGCGAAAAGGCACUUUGUUUCCGUACAAUUUCAACUGGUACUCAAGGUAGAAGUGCCCGUGUAUCAACUUAUGCAUGUCCACAAAACUCUGAAGGUGCUUACUACUCUAGAGAUGCACUUGCCAAAGCUUUAUACAGUCGUUUAUUCGAUUGGAUCGUCGCUAAAGUUAAUCAAGCUUUAGGUUAUAAGCAUAGCUCCAACUCCUUAAUGAUUGGUAUUUUAGAUAUCUAUGGUUUUGAAAUUUUCGAAAAGAAUGGCUUUGAACAAAUGGUUAUCAAUUAUGUCAACGAACGUCUUCAACAAAUCUUUAUUGAACUCACAUUAAAAACUGAACAAGAAGAAUAUUUCAACGAGGGUAUUCAAUGGGAGCAAAUCGAUUACUUUAACAAUAAAAUUUGUUGUGACUUAAUAGAAUCAAAGAAACCAGCCGGUAUUUUAACUGUCCUCGAUGAUGUCUGUAAUUUCCCAAAGGGUGAUGACCAAAAAUUCUUAGAUCGUUUAAAAGAAUCUUUCAAUUCACAUGCUCAUUUCCAAUGUGCUUCACAAGCUGGUAAUUCAUUUACAAUUAAACAUUAUGCUGGUGAUGUCGAAUAUUCCGCAGAUGGUUUCGUUGAUAAAAAUAAAGAUUUAUUAUUUAAUGAUUUGGUAGAAUUAGCCGCCUGCACCAGUAGCAAAUUAAUUCCAUUGUUAUUCCCAGAAAUUAAUUCCGAAAAAGACAAGAAAAAACCAACUACUGCUGGUUUCAAAAUUAAAGAAUCAAUUGGUGCUUUGGUUAAAGCAUUAUCUGCAUGUACUCCACAUUAUAUUAGAUGUAUUAAACCAAAUUCAAAUAAAAGAGCUAAUGAUUUUGAUACAUCAUUAGUUAUGCAUCAAGUUAAAUAUUUGGGUCUUUUAGAAAAUGUAAGAAUUCGUAGAGCUGGUUAUGCUUAUCGUCAAACCUAUGAUAAAUUCUUUUACAGAUAUCGUGUAUGUUGCAAAGAAACCUGGCCAAAUUGGAGCGGUGGCUUUGAAGCUGGUGUAGAGGCCAUUCUUAAAUCAAUGGAUUUAGAUCCAAAACAAUUUUCCAAAGGUAAAACUAAAAUUUUUGUUAGAGCCCCAGAAACUGUAUUUAAUUUAGAAGAGUUAAGAGAAAGAAAAGUAUUUACAUAUGCAAAUAAAUUACAAAGAUUUUUCUUAAGAUUCACCUUAAUGAGUUAUUAUUAUUCAAUUCAAAAAGGUGCUGCAGAUUCAUUAAAAUCAAAUAAAGAAAGAAGAAGAUUAUCAUUGGAAAGACCAUAUCAAGGUGAUUAUAUCAAUUAUAGAGAAAAUUUCGAGUUAAAAGAUAUCGUCAAAAAGAAUGGUAAUGAAAAGAUAAUGUUUACUCAUGCUGUUAACAAAUAUGAUAGAAGAUCAAGAUCACAACGUCGUGUUUUAUUAUUAAGUGAUGUCGCAGUUUACUUUAUUGCCACCGAAAAGAAUAAGGAUAAAGAAGAUAGAAAGAAGCGUCCAUGGAUCUAUGUUCAAAAGAGACGUCUUUUACUUGCUGGUAUUACCUCAAUUGAAAUGAGUAGACUUUCAGAUGGCUUUAUGGUUAUUAAAACAAUGAACGAACACGAUCAAAUUUUCGAAUGCCGUAGAAAAACUGAAUUCCUUGGUACUUUAAUGAAAGCUUUCAAGACUGGUACUCUUCGUGUAAACUAUAACAAUUCAAUAGGUGUUGCUAUUAAGGCAUCCAAACAAGGUGGUAAAGGUAAAGAGCGUGUUAUCACUUUUGAAAAAGGUAUUAAACCAGAAUCAUCAAUUAAAGGUACUAAAGUUAUAGCUCCAAACGAUGGUUUACCAGCUGAUACCGUACCAAAUCUCACUCCACCAGAAUCUUUACCAGUAGUAUCAAUUCCAAUUUAUAGACCAGCUAUGAAUUCUAAAGUUGCUCCACAACCAGGUGGUUCCGUUAAACCAUCAGCUAAAGCUUUAUAUGAUUUCCAAGCCGAAUCAUCAAUGGAACUUUCAUUCAAAGAAGGUGAUAUUUUAACUGUAAAUGACCAAAGUUCAGGUGACUGGUGGGAUGCCGAAUUAAGAGGACGUAGAGGUAAAGUACCAUCAAAUUACCUUCAAUUAAUAAAGAAUCAACCAGCUGGUGGCGCUACACGUGCACCAAUUGGUAGAGGUGCUCCACCACCAACUUCAACCUCCACAACAUCAACACCAGUAGGUAGAGGUGCACCAGCAACUCGUGGCGGUGCUACAGCAACUCGUGGUGGUAUGGCUCCACCAAACCGUGGUGGUAUGGCCCCAAGAGGUGGUAUCGCACCACGUGGCGGUAUGGCUCCAAGAGGUGGUAUUGCUCCAAGAUAA